CAUCCGCACAGGCUUGAGCGUUUCGCUUUUUAUCUCGUGGCCGCCGCCCUGACUGUCUUGGAUGGCCCGUUUUGGGUGUAUGACUUGCUUCGUCGAGCACCUAUCCGAGUGCGUUACCACUCAGGCUCAGCCCUAUACUAAUGCAUUGGGGCAGUUCUCAGAAUCCAAUACCUGGACAGACGAGGAGAUAAUCCGCGCUGUUGAAUCUGCGCCAUAUCUCGAGGGCUCAGACGACAAGCUUGUCCAAAUCUCAGAAGACACAGUCGUGAAAUUGGGCCACGACUGGGACUCUACCACCUCUGAAGCGCUCGCCAUGGAACUCGUCCUCAAGCAAACACGGAUUGCCGUCCCACGUAUGAGACGCGCCAUACGUUAUCAUCACCCAGAAGGAAACGGCCUGAUUGUCAUGGACUUUGUGCCAAACAGCCGGCAGCUCCGGGUGGCCUGGCCCUCAUUGUCCGUCUUGAGGAAGCUCAGAGUCGUUUUGACAAUGCGCCUUUACCUCCGCCAGCUUCGACGCGUCCAGCACUCUUCGUCCAACAACACACCCGGUCCGCUGGGUCCGACGCCCUUACCUUGCAACGGCCUUCAGUUCGGCUACGAUGCCAAAGGUCCAUUCCCAACCAUCUCCGCACUCGAGACUUAUUUCCGAAAAGAACAUAACGCUGCUGAAGACCGUGCCUCUCGAGGUUGGGCACCUUCUCCAAAUUGCAACCACUCGAUGCUUCCGCGUUUGCCUCCUUGGUUUUUACGCAUAACGUCCUGAACAUGCGCAACUUGCUGCUGGAUAAUCACCGUGUGCUGUGGGUCGUUGACUGGGGUUUUUCAGGGUUUUAUUCACCGUAGUUUGAGUAUCUUGGGAUGAGAUACGCCGCGCAGAAGGAUAAGGAUCCGGAGAGCUGGCAGAAAUGUAUCAGAUAUAUGGCAGAUCCGGCAUUUGAGGUUGAAGAGUGGAUGAAAGGAUAGGCUAUGACUUCACCGACCUGCCGCAGUGACACAGUUGUAGAGUCAGGUAGUCUUAUCUUACAGACUAUGCAAAAAGGGCGAAAGUGUUCAUAGAUUCCUCAGGACCCGAGAAGCUCCUGCACUUCAGAAGGCAGAGAAUCGCCUCAGGCAGGAGGGAGAAAGUCAGGAUGAA